AUGGCCUCGCAAGACUCGGCUACAUCCCCGCCGCCCGCAUUGCCUCCUGCCCUACCUGCCAACCCACCGGCCGCACCCACUUUCGUCACGCUUCCCGCCGUGAAAGAGCCUGGCGUCUUCUCGGGCCUGGAAGGUUCUGACGUCGACCAAUGGCUGCGCCUGCGAAGCUCCGCGCACCAAAAGUCUCGGUUCUUUCUCGUAGGUGUUUGCCGAGCUGUGAUCAUUCGACGCCUUAUCGUGCCGCGCUGGGUGCGCAAUGGGUCCGAGACGCCCGCCGUUCUCGACUGCGAGUACGUGUACAACGAGAACGACCUCAAGCUGGUCGUCAAGUGGUUCUUCAACGACGGCGCCGAGCCCGUCUACCAGUGGAUACCCGAGAUGGGGGUCCGCGAGGCGUUCGGAGUGCUGCGCCAACGCCUGGACGACACUUUCUCCGUCAACUCUCGUGACGCGUACUCGCAGUACCGCGCCAUCCGCAUUCUGAGGCCCACCUGGGAACUCAGUGGCAAGUACACCUGCGUCGUCACCUCACUUGCUGGCCAGGAUGCAAGGCAUCAGCACAUGACCAUCUUUGGUAACCCAGCUGCUCUCAGCCACUGCACAUCAACUACUGUCAACUUCUGA